AUGUUGAGGUGAAUCUGCUGGAGCAGCCGCUGCCGCCGUCCUUACCGUCCCCGCUGUCCCUCCCGUCCUCGUCGCCGUCCCGUUCCCGCCGCCGCUCUGCGCGGCUCCCCCGCUGGCCAGGAUGCUGGAGGAAGCGGGCGAGGUUCUGGAGAACAUGCUGAAGGCGUCGUGCCUGCCGCUCGGCUUCAUCGUCUUCCUGCCCGCCGUGUUGUUGCUGGUGGCGCCGCCGCUGCCCGCUGCCGAUGCGGCACACGAGUUCACCGUGUACCGCAUGCAGCAGUACGACCUGCAGGGGCAGCCCUACGGCACACGGAACGCAGUGCUCAACACGGAGGCACGAACCAUCGAUACGGAUGUGCUGAGCCGCCGCUGUGUGCUCAUGCGGCUGCUGGACUUCUCCUAUGAGCAGUACCAGAAGGCCCUGCGGCAGUUGGCUGGCGCCGUGGUCAUCAUCCUGCCACGAGCCAUGGCCGCUGUGCCCCAGGACGUCAUUCGGCAAUUCAUGGAGAUUGAGCCUGAGAUGCUGGCCAUGGAGACCAUUGUUCCUGUGUACUUUGCUGUGGAAGAUGAGGCUCUGCUCUCAAUCUACGAGCAGACUCAGGCCGCCUCCGCCUCCCAGGGCUCUGCCUCUGCCGCCGAAGUGCUGCUCCACACUGCCACCGCCAAUGGCUUCCAAAUGGUCACCAGCGGGGUCCAGAGCAAGGCCGUGAGUGACUGGCUCAUCACCAGUGUGGAGGGGCGGCUGACGGGGCUGGGUGGAGAGGACCUUCCCACCAUUGUCAUUGUAGCUCACUAUGACGCCUUUGGAGUGGCCCCUUGGCUGUCACAUGGCGCAGACUCCAACGGGAGUGGCAUCUCCGUGCUGCUGGAGCUUGCCCGCCUCUUCUCCAGGCUGUACACCUAUAAGCGUACCCAUGCUGCGUAUAAUCUCCUGUUCUUUGCCUCUGGAGGGGGCAAAUUUAACUAUCAGGGGACCAAGCGCUGGUUAGAAGACAACCUGGACCACACAGAUUCCAGCCUGCUCCAGGACAAUGUGGCUUUCGUUCUCUGCCUGGACACCGUGGGCCGGGGGGACAGCCUCCACCUGCACGUGUCCAAGCCACCCAGGGAGGGAACACUGCAGCAUGCCUUUCUGCGGGAGUUGGAGAUGGUAGCUGCUCACCAAUUUCCGGAGGUGCGUUUCUCGAUGGUACACAAGAAGAUCAACCUGGCAGAGGACAUCCUGGCCUGGGAACAUGAGCGCUUUGCCAUCCGCCGGCUGCCUGCCUUCACCCUGUCCCACCUGGAGAGCCACCGUGAUGGCCAGCGCAGCAGCAUUAUGGAUGUGCGGUCCCGGGUUGACUCCAAAACCCUGACCCGAAACACAAGGCUCAUUGCAGAGGCCCUGACUCGAGUCAUCUACAACCUAACAGAGAAGGGGACCCCCCCGGACAUGCCUGUCUUCACAGAGCAGAUGCAGAUCCAGCAGGAGCAGCUGGACUCGGUGAUGGACUGGCUCACCAACCAGCCCCGGGCUGCCCAGUUGGUGGACAAAGAUGGCACUUUCCUCAACACAUUGGAGCACUAUCUGAGCCGCUAUCUGAAGGAGGUGAAGCAGCACCACAUCAAGGCUGACAAACGGGACCCCGAGUUUGUCUUCUACGACCAGCUGAAGCAGGUGAUGAAUGCCUACAGGGUCAAACCAGCCAUUUUUGACCUGCUCCUGGCAGUCUGCAUCGGCGCCUACCUUGGCAUGACCUACACAGCGGUCCAGCACUUCGACCUCCUCUACAAAACGGUUCAGAGACUGCUCCUGAAGGCCAAGACACAAUGACGUGGUCCAGCCAGCACCGUGGGCCCCGCCUGCCACCUGCACCAUCCUCGGCCUACAGGGCUCGCCGAGACCCCGAAUUACAGAGCUUUUCUGUGUUGCUCUUGAGGAUUUGGGGGAUUCUUUCUCUUCUCUGUCCUACGAACUCCCUUUGAGGAGCUUUCGGUGGAGUUCUAGGCCAGGUCACAGACUUGGGAAGCCCCUGGCCCGAGAGAUGGCUCUUCACCCACAGGGCACUAAGCUGUGCUAUGAAGGGAAAUUUGUCCGGCACAGCCUUGCGGUCACUCCUGCUUGUGAUGCUGACCAUGGCUGGCACUGGCUCUGCAUCUGUUCUCCACGCUGUCUCCAUCCCCUCGGUGACUUGAAUAUUCUCUUCACGUUUGUCUGAAGAGGGCAGCACCAGUCUCUGGGUCCCCAUAUUGUAACUCCUCUCUCAGAAGGUUGUGUCUCUUCCCUGGGCCAGGACUGAGGCACAUGUCUCCCAGAACCCAAGUGGACAGCUGGUGCCCUGAAGACCCAGAAGCCUCCCCACUCUGUUGCCUUCCUGUAAGGCCUUUAGGUUGUUCCCCCCAACCGGGGCCUCUCUAGCCUCUCCCUCUCACUGCGCCCCCCACCGGGGCCUCUCUAGCCUCUCCCUCUCACUGCGCCCCCCACCGGGGCCUCUCUAGCCUCUCCCUCUUAUUGCACCCUAGGGAGCGCCAGUAUCCCCUAGGCUGUGUUCUCUGUCAUCUCCUGGCUCCCAACCCCUGGUCUCAAGGGGGAACCGGGUGCCUUUGGAAGCCCCAGGACCAGAAGCAGAGGAGGCCCUGGAGGAGAGGCCCCAGGCUGGAGACCUACAGGCCCCUCUGCUAACUCACUCACCCAGCUGGGCCUGUUUUCUCAUCUGUGAAAAGGAGGAUGUGUCCUGAGGGAGCUAAGUUCAUGUUGGGGGCGGGGGAGUCAAGGGAGAGUGUUUACUGAAGAAUGUGCAACUGUGGGAUCCAGAGGGGGAAGGUGUGGGCAACAUGGGAGCCUCAACUGAGCCCACACCCCACAAACCAGGUGCCUCGUGGAGUGUGAGCUUCUCGUGGGGAGAAGGCCUCCAGCACUGGACGGACCUCAGGGAGAUGCAGGUGUACUGAUUCAUGAGCAAUAUAAUCAAGCAAGUGUUAAGUGCUAAUGGGGAGGGUCAGGACAGGGAAGAAGGGGCUCCAGCCCGCCAUGGAGGUCUGAAGUGGUCUAAAGAGGCAGGGCUGGCUCCCCACCCUCUUCCCAGCCUGCCGCUGCCCUUCCCCAAAGCCUGCCAGCAGGAGGGAGUGGGAUCCUCGGGGACUCUUGUCUCUGCCUUCACCUCUGGCCUCCCAUCUUUGCCAGACCAGUCCCUCCAUCCCUGGGCACGCCUGGCUGUCCUGUCCAGGCCUGGGAUGUUGACUAAGCCAGGCCUAGGGAGAGGUCAGUGUGGGGGCCACAGGUUCUGCCUCGUUCCCCUUCUCCCCCCUGCCUGGUGGACUGACUCCUCCAGAGAUUUCACCAAAUGCCAGGCCACUUCUGGGGGUCAUGCCACAAGUUGGAGAAGUGGAUGAGAUGGAGGGGACUCACUCUUCGCCACGUGACAGUGAUGGUGCACCAUUUGGAGUUGCCCUGCGCGUGUCCUCCCUCCCCAGGGCGGCUCCUCAUGUCAGGACUACUGACUGUUCAAAACUCAGGCUGGUUGUGAGAUGCAGUCGGACGAUCAGAAAAUAAAGCCAUAUCGAACA